AUGCCGUCACCUCCCUACCUCCCAGAGACAAACACCAGGACCCCACUACCUAUCAGUCCAACACCCCUGCACAUACGGCACCUGGAUGUCUCUGGACCUCUUUACCCAACAUCUGGAACUGCAAGCUCUGCGAUAGAUGAUGGAAGUUCUCCAAAGAUUACCCUGCUAAGACCUUUUUUCUAUUUUGGGAGGACAUAUAACAGCAUUUACGUCAAUCACAAUGGACACCUGACCUUUGACGCACCAUGGUAUAGCUAUGUACCCCAACUGAUUCCAAUGCAUGGAUUAAGAGACAUCAUCGCUCCAUUCUGGACAGAUUUAGACAACAGAGGAAAUGGUCAGAUCUACUACAAUCAAUACACCAGUGGCAGUGUUCUCCAGCAAGCUACACGGGACAUCAAUCAAUACUUUCCAGGACUGAACUUUAAUGCCAACUGGGUCUUUGUUGCAACUUGGUUUGAGGUGGCCUAUUAUCCCACAAGCGGAACACGCACUACUGUCCAAGCUGUGCUGAUCUCUGGAGGCCAAUAUUCAUUUGUGCUGAUGAACUACGGUAUAAUAGCCUCAACAACACUGAGAAUUCAGGCUGGUUAUGAUACAAUUGGCUCCACUCACUAUUAUGUCCUCCCUGGAUCAUUCACCAGUGCUGCAUCAGGGAGUAACUCAAAUUUUCGCCUUAGCAGCAACGUCAAUGAACCAGGUCGCUGGGCCUUCCGGACAGACCAUGGAUCAACAGGCUGCACUUUUAAUG